AUGGCACAACCUGAAGACGACCAAAGUGGGAAUGUGAGAGUCACACAAACUCCUGGCUCGGAUCGGGACUCUCUUGGCAUCCGAACAUUUCAUCCCGAACAGCGGGAUCCAAACGGAGCAGAGGACUUCAGCAAGGACGUUACGGAUGGCAUCUUUGAGAGCAUCUUGCGAGAUACGUCCGCGGCAGGAGAGUCCCAGGAUGUGCUGAAGCUUAGAGCGAAGGUGUCAGAGCUCGAGAAUGAAGUCUCAGGUUUGCAGCAUGAGCUAUCUCAACGCCACCAGGCAAGCACGGCUGUGCCUGGAGAGGGCGAGCAGUUAAGCUUUGCAGCUACAGCAUCUGAGGAGCCUCCUUUGCUGGGAGCAGCCUACCAGCAGAUCUCGCAUCUGAACACGCAGCUCGCGCACCUCUACACCGAGCUGACGCUUGCUCGAACGGAGGCUGCCAGCCUUCGAGCCGACAAAGAGCAGGCAGAGGCGGGUGGCGGCGCAAACGAGAAACUCGCAGCGUCGGAGGCCGCAACUGCUGCAGCCCAGGCCGAGAACCAACGACAAGCUCAGCAAAUUGCUGAUCUGGUCAGCGACAUUCGGCACCUUCAGCUCGACCUUGAGUACCACCAGCAGAAGGUCGAUCAGCUUUUAGAGGAAAAGCAGGUCAUGAUGAAAGACAUGAAGGCUUUACAGCAGGAAAUGGCCGAGGCCCGCCUGCAGUUAGAAGAGAAGGAACAGGUCCUCAAGCAUCAGGAGGUGGAUCUCAUGCACUAUCGUCAGCAAGAGCAGCAAAGCUCUCGGGGAGGUAAAGAUGGCGAUGAUGGCGUGCUGGAUGCGUUGCGCACGGAGGCGGCUGCCAAAGACAGCGCGCUGAUCGUCUCUCACUACGAGCUUCACAAGGAGAAGCUGAUGCGAGAUCGCUUAGAGCAGAAAAACCUCAAGCUCAUGGAGCGUAUGCAGAAGCUCAUGAUGGUCGUCGAGACGAUGCGGAAGGACAACGUCAACUUGGAGCGAACGCUCGCUUCGAAAGACCGAAUGUAUGAGGAGAAAGAUGCACAGCUCCGAAUAAUCAUGCAAAAGGUGCGGCAACUGCAAAAGAACACGAAGGGCAAGCCCAAAGGGGCGGCAAAGGCCAAGGCUCACCAGCCGGUUCUGGAACUGGAAGGUUCUGUGCAGAACUUGCCUCCCUUGGAGUCUUCCAGAUACACGGCUCCGGCCAGUGGGAAGCAGAGUGGUCGCUCUACUCCACGGGGUGGGUCACCCUAUACAGGCCGACCGUGA